AUGAUCGUCUUACCGCCCGCCAUGGGCCCGACCGCACUGCGGCGCCUGGCGCCUCAAGUCGCCAAAGCGUCGCCGUCGGCACUGGCUUCUUCACGUCGCGGACGACCAUCGCCAACGCCGCGAAAAAAGAUCUCGACAAAUACCUCCUCGACCCCCGCCGCCUCCCUCCUGACCCGCCUUGCGGGUGCCUCGCGGUCGUACUACCAGCAGACGCAUCAGACGGUGGCCCAGGCGUCGCCGAUGCGUAAGCUGCUGGUGGGCGGCGCCAUCUUUGGCGGCACGCUGAUGGCCGUCAACAUGGUCUUCAACCGGGAGACGCGCGAGGAUGGCGGCAUGCCGCUGUUUGAGCGCGAGUACCUCAACAACACCUUUCUGCACACGGGCCUCGGCGUCGGCAUCAUUGCCAUGUCGGCGCGCGCCAUGAUCCAGUCGGGCUUUGUGUUCCGCAUCAUGACGGCCAACCCGUGGGCGGUCGGCAUCGGUGGAUUGGCACUGUCUUUUGGUACCAUGAUCGGCACGCGCGCCAUCGACCCGGAUAACUACCUGCCCAAGUACGCCCUAUGGACGGCCUUCAACGCCACGCAGGCUGCCUUUGUCGCCCCCCUCCUGGCCUUCGCCCCCGGCGCUCUGCUGGCCCGUGCCGGCCUGUACACCGUCGCCAUGAUGGGCUCGCUGUCGAUUGUCGGUGCCACGGCCAAGCAGGAGAAGUACCUGUACCUGGGCGGCCCGCUGCUGGCUGGCUGUGCCAUUGUGCUGGCGUCGGGUCUGGCACCGCUCAUCAUCCCGGCGACGGCGGUGCGCACGCUGGCUUUCACCGAGAACAUUUGGCUCUGGGGCGGCCUGGCGGUGUUUGGCGGCUUCACGCUGUACGACGUGCAGAAGGUGCUGUACCACGCGCGGCUUGCAGAGCGCGGCGUGAUCAAGCGCGACCCGGUCAACGAGAGCAUCUCGCUGGAGCUGGACUUCUUGAACAUUUUCAUCCGCAUGGUGCAGAUUUUGAUGAUGCAGCAGAACCGGCGGAAGUAG